AGGGCCGGGAGCCCGCCGCCCAUGCCGCCGCCCUGCAGCCCCGGCCGCGCCCGCUGCCCCCGCGGCCCCGCAGGCAGGAGGCGGCCCCGACCGAGCGCGCAGGGCCCGAGCAGGGCCCCGCGGGAUGGAGGGGGCGGCGCAGCCCGCGGGCGGCGGCCCCCAAGGGACCCAAAUAGGGAGCACAACAGCUAGCUCCAUGGAGAUGACCUCAGCUGUGGAGAGAGGUGGUCCUGAGCCACAGCUGGAUAAUGGACACCUCCCAAGACCCUGGUCCUGCUCUCUGGAAGACAGAACACCCAGCCUAUUGGCACCCCAGCAUCCCAGGGCAUGGGGGCUACAGCUCCAAGGUACCUCUGUGCUGGAGUCCAAAGUGAGGGCCUUGAAGGAACAAAUGAUGGCAGGCAAACCGGGAGUGAGCCCCUGCCUCGCUUCUCACGAGCGGCCACCCAAGAAACCCAAAUGUAGGCGAGUCAAGGUGGGUGGAGCCCGGCCUCUGUCGGAGGGGUCUUCCCUGCCAGAGGCCGAGGUGGUCCUCCCCACUCAGAGUCUGACCUGUGGGCAGCUGGACGGCGAAGUCAACAAGGAGGAACCUGCCAGGAACAGGGGGCCCAGACGCCCCAGGCCGCCUUCUCCUGGGCCUGAGUGCUGCAAUGGGAGGAGCCCGUGGCCUCCGGAAGCAGUACGGGCAUUGCCUGACAAUGAGAGGAGCCUGCUGCCGGGGCCUGGCUCUUUGCAAGAGAGCCCUGUCCACAGAGUCACUCCAGGCCAGCCUGGGGGCCCUGGUCCUUGUAACAAAAUCACCGUCAUGCCCAACCUGCAGAAAGGAAGGUCAUAUGCCCUUCAGGAUGGUCUUAUCAUGGGGAGAGACCUGGACAAUUUAUCUCUGACCUGCGAGGAGGACUUUGUUCCCAGGCCAGCCCUGCUAGGGGGCCUCUGGCGAGCUGGAGACCUGGGGGCUCUGGGCACUGGUGGCAGUCCCUUGUCCCUGUCUGACCGGGUGGAGAGGAACCGCCUUCUGCUGCAGGAGAUGCUAAAUGUUGGGGGUCAGGCCCCCCACAAUGUGGGAAUCCCAGCCUGGACUCCAUCCUGGGACGGAGGUGUACCAGAGCGGCCAGCAGGGGACGUGGACUGGGACUCCGGCAUCUCCCUGCAGGACUCAGAGCAGAACAGGACCUUUGGUCCCAAGCCGGAGUCUGUGCUGAGCCACAGGCAUGAGGAAGCCAAGCAUCUGCUGCAGCGUGCCCGCAUGAAGGCCAGGACCCGGCCCCUCCGUGCCAGCCAUGAUAUCGUGCCCACUGUCGCCCGGGGCAGCCGAGACGCCCGGAGCAGCCCAGCCCCGGACCCGCGGACGCCCCAGGCCUGCAGAGACAGCCCCCAGAACGGGAACACGAGUGACUCCUCCAGCGGGGAGUCCAGCAGCGGGCGGUGGCCCAGGCGCGGCGCCUCCCCGUCCCGCGUGCGCUUCGAGGACGAGUCGGCGCGCGACGCCGAGUCCCGCUACCUGGAGCGGCUGCAGCAGCGGCAGCGGCCGGCGGCCUCCCGGGGCCCGCUGCGCUCCGAGCCCGACCUGGGCCGCUACGGGCGCGGGGGCCUGGCGCGCUCCGACGGCGCAGGGGCGCUCGGCCGGCUGCUGGGCCGCCUGGAGCGCGGGGCCGUCCCCGCGCCGCCGCCCAGGACGUGCCGGGCCUGCGGCAGCUGCAUGGACGCCCCCGCGCAGGCGAGCCCCGACCCCAGGGCGCUCCGGGAGCGCCGGGCUGCCGGCGCGGUGCAGGCGGUGCAGGCGGCGCAGGCGGCGCCCGCCCAGCCCCGGAGCUCUCGGGGCUCCAGCGCCCCCUCGAGGCUCCGCCCCGCCGAGCCCGGGUGCCACCCGGCAGGGAUCCGGGAAACGCACAUCGGAGCCGCGCCGCGCCCCGAGGAGGCCGAUUCUGCGCCGGACAGCACGGACACGUCGGACGGCUGCAGGACCGACAGCGAGGAGGCCGGGCCCUCGCGCCCCAGCAGGGCCCGCGGCCUGGGCGGGGGCAGCAGCCCGCGUCUGCGGGGCUCCAGGCCUCGGGGAGGCCCCAGCGGGUUCCGGAAGGCCGCCCCGGAGCUGCCCUGGGGCGCUGCGGCCCCGCACCGCCUGCCCGGGGUUGGUCACGCGGAGGGUGCGGCCGAGGUCAGAGAAGGCAGGGGACAGGUGCCCGAGGGGACUCUGUCUCCCAGGGAGGACGCUUUCGCUAAGCCGCCUGCCCCGGAAUCUAAAAGGCCUUCCCUGGGGUCCCAGUGGCAGCCUGGGCCAGCGCUGGGAAAUCACUGGGUCCACCCGGUGGAUUCCUGGGCUCCGGGCAGCACAGCCUAUCCGCCCGCCUCUUCCAUGAAGCGGGGACCGGGGUCCCCGGGCAGACAAACCCCGGCUGCGGAAAGCCCAGAGUCUCUGGAGACCGUCUCUGCUUCCUCCCUGCAACAGAGCCACGCAGAGCCCCCUGCCCUGCGCCCGGCCCAGCAGCCAACCUCUUCCUUCUCCCCGGAAGCCUGGGUGCCAGCCCCUCCAUCUUCAAGGAAAGUCACCUCCCCGGUGUCUCACAGGAAGGCAGCCCUGGCUGGGCCCCGCAGGCUGAGUGAACCCAGAGAGCCUGCGGACACCCCUCUGCCUCUUUCAAGAAGUGUGAUUCCCAGGACCUGUGAGCGCUCCCCUGCACAGACCCAGCCCCACGGCCCCGCAGUCAGGCAGCCCCUGCUGGCCCUGUCCACCAACAACUGCAACAACAGCGUUCCCCCAGGGCCGCAAGAGUCCUGGGGAGGAGCUGUCCCCGAGGGCAAGGCGGAGGAGGGCCCCUGUAGCCAGGAGAGCCGCCGCACCACCGGAGGAGUCCAGGGCUUUCUCGGCUCGGCAGCUGUUGGCACUGUCAGCUCCAUGAGCAUCACCCUCUCCUUGACCUCAGAGGAGCCAGAGUCCAGCCAGGAACCAGAGAGAGGCCUGCCGAGGACAGAGUUGAGUUCUGGAGGGCAAGUGUCAUCCCGAGCAUUACUGGGUGUCAGUGCCGGACCUGGCCCUCCCAGCGCUGCCCCUUCUGACAGGAGCAAGAAAAGCAGCAGCAGCCUGGCCUCCACCCUGGGGCUGAAGAAGCUCUUCUCGGCCCUGGGCCAGGGCACUAGGCCCAAGCUAGGCAAGGCCCGCAGCUACAGUGUGGAGCAGCUGCAGUCCCCUGCGCCUGGCCCAGCAUCGCACCCCAGCUCCCCCAGAGUGAAGAAAGCCCCGUCGUUACAGUCCCUCCGCCUGGUGUCACCCUCUCAUCAACAUCGGAAAGCUGCCUCCUUUCAGAACCUCCAUUCUCUGCUGAGUGGAAAGGGGGACCGGUCCAGCCUCUACAUGGUGGGGGAGCCGGGGGAGCACAGCGCAGCUGACAGACCAGCCAAGGCCUCAUCCGGGCGUGCCCUCAGUGUGGAGGACGUGAGCGCCCCCAGCCAGGUGCGCACGGUGGGCCGCGUGGUGGAGGUGUUCCCAGAUGGCACAACCCAGCUGCAGCUACAGCGCUCCCCGGAGGGCACUUUUGGCUUCUGUGUGGCCUCCGGGAACGGGCGCCGCGACUCAGGGUUCUACGUGCAGGAGAUGGCUGAUGCGAGCGCGGCCAAGCUGUACUCGGGGCUGCUGGGGGUCGGGGACGAGAUCCUCGAGGUCAAUGGGGCCAAGGUCGCAGGACUGGGCUUGGCUCACAUUAGGGAGCUCCUGGCCCACGCAGAGAAUUUGUCAAUCCGUGUGCUGAGGCAGAGGCCUGUCCCUCGGUGACGCACAGGUGCUUGUGCCCUCACUGCCACCCCCUCAGAAGCCCUGUACUGCCCCAGGAGGGCCGGCUGGAAACGCACUGCACAAAGCUGCAUCGUGGACCCAGACAGGUCACAGUGUCGCGUGACCCCUUAGGCUGCGGCAGGGCCUCAGUGAGGGCAGGAGCCUGUCGCUGUGUUUUGUUCAAGGAUGUUAAUUUAUGCCGAACUGGGGAAAGAAAACAGGGAUCCCCUUCUGUGCCAGAAGCGGUGUCAGCAUCUUUUUGUACCUUUGUGGGUAGGGGGAGGAGAGAGAUUCAGGGGUACCUGGGUUAGCCCCUGCUUGACUCCUCACCCCACUCUCUAUCAGGGCCCCCACACUCCAGAACCAAAGAAGGUGCUUGGCCAUAUUGGCCUUGAGCCUGCCUUUAAAUCUCAUUUCUUCCAUGUCCCAUUCGACACCUUUGCUUUCCUUCUGGAAACUGGAAUAUGUGGCCUGGUGGGAGAUCAUCCGGGAGACGUUAUCUGGUAGCCAGGAUAUUAAGACUCCGGGAAAUUUUUGUGAAAUAUAAGGUUGAAGGGAGAAGACACUGAAACCAAGACCAAUUUCAGGGAAGUGCUGCCGGGACCAGUGGGACUGCCCAGGGGAGGCUGGCGCUGGCGGUGAGGGCCCAUCUUCCUUCUCCCGUGCAGUGUGCGCACAGGCUGCAGCGGGUGCCAGGCUGUCCCCAGCCACAAGCUCUCCGCCCAGAGUCCCUGGUGGCAGCUGCGGGGGGACCAACAGGGAGAGCAAUCACAGGGUACAGGCAGGGGCAUGGGCUGUCCCACCUGGGUGGUUCCCUGCGCUAGGGGUUGGGACUCUCUGGGAAUGAAUGGCUGUAUGUCAGUCUUAAAUUAUUAAAAAGCAAAGAUGAA